AGUGACUACACAAUCCUCACCAAAGCAACCAUUGCCUGAACCGUCGUUCCUUUCUUCUACACUCAUAAUUGUGCACACAUAUUUGCGCACGCCCUGCACCUCCUAAAUUUCUCUACUCCCAAUUCAACUCAAUCCAGACAAUGUGUUAAUCUCAACAUUUUCCUUUUUUGCGGUUGCGAAAAUGCCUCCCAGAGUUCCACGCCUUGUGUCUUAUAAAGACUUGUUACAGCCUGCUCUACAAAGACGAUUCGCCUCGACUGCUGGCGUUUUGCUUGCAGCCGCUUACAUCCAGGCUAUUACCCUCACAAAAUGGGAUCAUGCUAUCUGGUCAUGGUUUCCGCUUGGACUGGCGGGUUUACGAACCCUAGGGAUAUUCGCUAGUACCCUUCCUAUCGUCAUAUUACGAAUUGCUCAUUGCCAUAUGGGCAUCCGAACCUCUAAUUCACCUUUCGAUACAUUCCGUCGCUAUGCGUUUUCGUUGUCGACUAUCGAGACGUUACUUACAUUCGCCAUCUCUGCCUGGAUAUUCAGUCAAACUUACCUAUUUUCGAUCCCAACGAGCGCAAACAUUGGCUGGAUUACAUACUAUAGCGGUGAUCGCGCGCGAUUGAACGAGCGAGCCCUCUUCUAUACCGUCAACAUCGUGCUUCUAGGGAUUACUCAAGGCAUAAUACACUUGACUCUGGAUUUCGACAAGAUGGUUUUAGGAACAGUGAAGCCGAAUCGUGGCGGGGAAGCGACCACACCAGCGAUAACCGGUUGGGAUGUACUUGGUGUGUACAUUCCUAGCAUUAUUGUUCGCGCAGGAAUGGUUUCGAUAUCUACCUCCUUAGCCAACUACAUUGUGUUGUACCACUACAUCCGUCCCUACGCCUGGAGCUGGGCUUUGUCCUUUUUCCGAAUAUUUUACAACCUUCCAAAAUACAACAUUCCACCCUACCAAGCACCAUGGAGUGUCUGGAUGUUAGGUCGAUCGAUGUGGGCUGGGUUUUUGAUGUGUUCGUUAUGGUACAUUGGGGAUAACGUCUUCAAGGUACAGCUCACGAAGGCACCUCUCAAGAAUAACAGGCCUCUUAGUGUCGAAUGUCGAGAUCCCAAUGGAAGUCUACUAGCCGGAUUAAAGAGCCAGAAGACACGCAUAGUAUCUUUUGCUAUGUGGGAAUUGGCCUUGAUUGCAAGGGAUUUCGAUGAUAGGCGACGAAGCAUCUUCGAAGAUAUCGAUCGAAAGGAUGGUCCUAUGUGGUCGCAGAUAUAUGCCGCAUGCAUUGGCAAAAUUCAAUUGCUAGAGAAGAGAGUUGAGGAGUAUGGGAAACCUCCUACCCCGCCUGCCGCACAACCAGCCGCUGCUGCUCCUCCCCAGCAGCCAGCCCGAAUUGUUCCGCCUCCCAAGACCGAUGAUAUUGAGAUACCUGCCCCACAAAGGCGCCUCCAAACUUCUCUUAGCAAGUUUGUUAGUUCGCCGGGGAAGUCGCCCGCUGAGACAUACCUACCCGAAGUUAAGAGGAGAGUAUUAGAGGCGAAGGACCGCUUAUUGGCGGACGAGCAAAAACAGGUAUUAGCAUCCGUACCCGUUAAUACUUUGUUCCAUUCCCUGGCAUCCCGAGUUUUGCGUACGCCCGUGAUCGGCGGUUUAUUCCAACAGACCUUCGGCCGCAGAAUAUCGACUUGUGUACUUGGUGAGCCGUUUGGCGAGGUUAGCAUUUACGUAAAUGCGGCUUAUAUUCUUUCCGCAUUAGCAGUGUCUAGUUUGACAGAAGACCGAUACGGCAACGUACAGAGAGACGUACCGACUAUUAUACGGACGUUUACGAGAGUGAUCAUGAGGCUCGAGAAGUUCAAGGAUGAGCUACCAAUACACUGGACAGAUAUCGAGGGACGCCGCGAAUGUCAGGUGUCGGAUGAAAUAUUAGACGCGUUGAAGGAUGGGCUUGACGAGCUCAUCACGGCAUUUGGAGAGUUUGCUGGUGACCUACGUCUUACCCGGGCGGAUAUGAGACUAGCUAGGGAAGCAGCUGUGAAGAGACAGGCAAACGCAGAAGAAGGACCAAAUGAGAAUGGAGCUAUAAACGGAGCUGCCAACGGAGCUGCUAAUAGGGCUGCUAAUAGGGCUACGAGAGAAGCACCGCCAGCACAGCCGGAGAUGCGGCAAGUGCAUUAGUGGCAGCAUGUGCUUGCAUCUAUCGAGUCUAGUAAUUAGGAGAUUCAAAUAUGAGUCGAGUCUCGGAAGAUAAAUGCUAUAACUUAUUAUGAUAAAAGUUUAGUGUAAUGAAGUUCUUUUUCUAUGGUGUUUGCCUUGUCAUUUCAUAUGGAAUAGCGUAAUUACACGAUGAAGUAUAGAGAUAUAGGGUCAUAAAGGGGAAAGGGAAAGGGAAAGGGGUAAGGCUAUCAGUACUAGUCCUGGAAGAGCUGGACUGUUGCCUCGUUCACGCCUGCCAAAUCGAUCAAGAUCACUUCACAUCUAUAUGUACUACCUAGGUAUGCAGGUUUCCGCAGUAAUAACCAAUGAGACAUCUGAAUUGGAUUUAUAA